UAAAACGUCAUCAAACUGUCAGUGUCAAAAAUUUUGUGUGUAUCUUAAAAUUUGUAAAAAAUGUCUCGAAAAACAGAUGUUGAAAUUCAAUUACAAAAGAAUUUAGAAGAUGAUGUGGUUCAGGAAAUUUUAAAAACAGGCACCGAUCUUCGACAGUAUUCGAAACAAGUUGAAAAAGAAUUACGAGAUGUUGAAAAUAAAUCAAUUCAAGAUUAUAUUAAAGAAUGUCAGAAUAUUGCAAAUUUACACAACCAAAUUAGUGCGUGCGAUAAUAUUUUGGAACGAAUGGAAUUUAUGCUACAAGAUUUUCAAACUGAUUUAGGGAGUAUCAGUAGUGAAAUAUUAUAUUUACAACGAAAGUCAGUUGCAAUGAGCCAACAAUUAACAAAUCGGCAAGCAGUUCGGGGGCAUUUAAGUGAAUUUAUCGAGGAUAUGGCAGUGUCAGAUACAUUAAUCAAUAAUAUCCUAGAAUGUCCUGUCACAGAAAAAGAUUUCUUGUCAAGUUUACAGGAGUUAAAUCAUAAAAUUAAUUUUGUUAAAGAACAAAGUUUCCAAGACACAAAAUCAUGCCAAGACGUACGAGAUAUUUUAGAGAAAUUAAAAAUUAAAUCCAUGUCGAAAAUUCGCGCAUACUUAUUGGAACAAGUAUACAAAUUUCGUAAACCAAUGACCAAUUAUCAAGUACCACAAAAUGCCAUGUUAAAAUAUAAAUUUUUUUUCGAAUUUAUACUAGCCAAUGAACGAAAUGUGGCUCAAGAAAUUUGUGCCGAGUAUGUGGAUACAAUGAGUAAAAUAUACUACUCGUACUUUAAAUCAUAUUCAGGGCGAUUGUUAAAAUUACAAUUUGAGGAAACUGCGACCAAAGAAGAUUUAAUGGGACGUGAAGAUACCGAAUCAAGAGGUUUGUUUCAUAAAACAUCGUUAAAGCAUAAAGGAACUGUUUUUACAAUUGGCAAUCGUGGAGAUGUUCUUGCGCAACAGUUAGAAGCACCGAUUAUUGUUCCGCAUGCACAGCAAAAAAAUCGAUAUGCGUAUGAAGCUCUGUUUCGAAGUGAACAAUAUGCUUUGGUUGAUAAUGCAUGUCGAGAAUAUUUAUUCUUAUGCGAAUUUUUCAUUGUGCGUGGAUCACAAGCUCUCGAAUUGUUUAAUCAAAUCAUGGGAAAAACCUUAACACUUCUUACGAAAAAUUUAGAAACUUUCGUAAUGGAAUGUUAUGAUGCGAUUGCAUUAUUUCUAUGUGUUCAUUUAAUUUUACGCUAUCAAUUAAUGUGCCAUAAACGUGCUGUACCAGCUUUGGAUAAAUAUUGGGAUGGCUUACAAGCAAUUAUAUGGCCACGUUUCGAAUAUAUUUUUCGUUUGAAUAUACAAAGUAUACGAGAUUGUGAUCCAACUAAAUUUAAUAAAGAAAUGGGACCUCAUUAUAUAACAAGACGUUAUGCUGAAUUUAGUGCUGCAAUCGUGGGUAUCAGCGAACAUUUUCCAAAUGAAUUAGUCAAUCGUUUAUUAGCCGAACUUCAAGAAGAAGUUGAAUGCUUUAUCCUACGUAUGGCCGCAAUAUUUCCACAACGUAAAGAACAAUUAAUUUAUCUAAUCAAUAAUUACGACAUGGUCUUAAGUAUAUUAAUGGAACGUACGCGCGACAAUUCCAAAGAAGCUGAAGGAUUCCGGGAACAGUUAACAGCACGGAGCACCGAAUAUGUGGAAGAAAUAUUAAGUCCACAUUUUGGUGGUAUUAUGCAAUACGUUAAAGAAGUUGAACCCAUUGUUGAAAAAGGACAAACAGAUGAAAUUAAACGACGAGAGAAAAAAGCUUUAGAAUUAGUGCAAGGUUUUUCGACGAAUUGGAAAAAAUCUUUAGAGGAAUUAAAUCGUGAAGUUUUAUUAUCGUUUCCAAGUUUAGUUACCGGUUCAACAUUGUUACAAUUAGCGUUAACACAAUUAGUGCAAUAUUAUCAUCGAUUUCAUAAGUUAUUAACACCGAAUUCGAGGACGCAAUUAACGAAUAUACAUCACAUUAUGGUGGAAUUAAAGAAAUAUAAAACUAAUUAUUAA